AGUGACUGUGCGGACUUGCGACUUGGCAGUACAAAUUAAGCUUAAGAGUAAUUAUGCUUACAAGAUAAUCUUUAUCAAUUUUUUUACAGAAUAUUAUAUAUACAUAUUCUUUAAACUAAUGGCUUUCACCAUGGCACCACCUCCUCCGAUAGUUAUAGAUGCUCAGGCAGUUAGUGGGAUAACUGGGUCAAUCUCCAUUGCAUGUUGGAUUAUAGUGUUUGCUCCACAAAUUUAUGAGAAUUUUAGAAGAAAGUCAAGUGAAGGAUUAUCUUUAAGUUUCGUAAUAUUAUGGUUGGCUGGUGAUGUAUUCAAUGUAUUAGGUUCAGUUUUACAAGGUGUAUUACCUACCAUGAUUAUUUUAGCUAUUUAUUAUACAUUUGCUGAUAUUGUUUUAUUAUGGCAAUGUCUUGCUUAUGGUGAUGGAGAGGGUAAAACAGAUCUUAUUCAUUUAUCACCUGCUAAUCCUAUGAACGAAGAUGUAUUAGAGACCGUAUUAUCAAGAGAACGUCAUCAACAUCACCAUAAUUAUUUACCUUCAGAAACUGAAGAUGAACUGGUUUAUGACAGUCAAUCAGAGCAAUCUCAAUCCCAACAAUCUCAACAAGUACAAUCUACUGCUAAUGGAAGUACUCUUGACUUAGAGUAUGGCUCGGUUGCAGGUUCAUCUACAUCUUCUAGUUCUUCCUCUUCUGCAUCUUCCUUAUCUAUUGUUCAAUCUAUACUAAUUAAAAUUUUAAUGGUAGCCUUGGUGAUUUUGGCCGGCAUAAUAGGUUGGUACAUCUCAUAUUCUAAGGAUUCUAAUCAUCCUUCUAAGCCAAAGCAUCCUCAAGACUUGGUUUUUGAUCCUUUGGCUCAAUUCUUUGGGUGGUUAUGUGCUAUAUUAUACUUGGGGUCAAGAAUUCCUCAAAUAAUAUUAAAUUUUGAAAGAAAAUCAUGUGAAGGUAUUUCAUUUAUGUUUUUCUUAUUUGCAUGUCUCGGUAAUUUAACUUAUGUGGUUUCUAUUUUAGCCAUUGAUAUGAGCUGGCAUUAUUUAUGGGUCAAUUCCAGUUGGUUAGCUGGAUCAUUAGGUACUUUUGCCUUAGAUUUCACUAUAUUUGUUCAAUUUUUCUUAUAUAAUGAAAAUAAUAGUAGUAAUAACUACAGUGAACUUGAACAAAGUGAAGAAUCUUCGUUAUUAACUUCCCAACAACAAUCUCAAUUGCACCAACAAAGUUAUGGUGCUUCAACAUAAAAUUAUUGGGCCAAAAAAAUUUUUGUAAAUUAUGUACAUUAGAGUUAACGCCAAAAAUCUAUAUUAGAUACAUUAUAAUUUAGACAUUAAAUAUAUAAAGUUUAUGAUAGAACCA